AUGGAGACGUCGUGGGUGGAUGCCAACGGCCUCGCGCUACUCUCCGACGUUGGUCGCUCCAUGAACUUGACCGGCCACGCCUACACCAUGCUCCUCGACGCGGCGCAAGCCAAGCUCCUUGACUACCGCGACAAGGACCCUCUCGUGUACUCGGUCUCGCUGCUUGUCGCUGGCCUCAUGGCCAUCGUCGUCGGCUACAUGGCACUUCGUUUUCGGCGCGCUGUGCUCGCAUGUGUUGCGUACAUCAUUGUGCUCGGCGUCCUCUGCUUUAUCACGGGGAGCGACCCGUUCGCACCUCUUGCCGUCCUCGCCGCUGUCAGUCUCGUCGCGGUCCUCGCGCGCUCGGAAAACCACUUGACGCAUGUGCUGCUGCUUCCGUCAGCAGCGGUUUUCCGCGCCUUCUCCACAUACUGCCUUGACGGUCUACACACCAGCGCGACGACUCUUCUCGACGUCGUUGCGGACGCCACAAGCCUCGACAUGAGAAUUCUUCUCAUCGCCUUUGCACUCGGCAGCGCCGGCAUCUACUGCUACAACGGUCGGUUCGCGGAGCGGAUCAAGAGUGCGUUUGUCUUUGUCUCUCUCGCAGCCGUGCUCAGCGCGUGGCUCUCGGUCGUCUACGCGCUCGGUCUGGCGUGCCUCCUCACGUGGCUGCAGAGGUUUGACUGGGCUCUGCUGGCGAUGAUACUCUGCGCUGAGUUUGCAUUCGUCGCCAUGCCAACGACGCCCGUGGUCCUAGUGCUUCGCGAUAUCGGCGGCAUCUACGUGCUCGCCGUUCCGGGGCGACGCCUCAUGGUCAAGCUACUGACCAUGGGCCUUGACGGUGUCGCUAUGUUCGCUGGAGCGACCCCUUGCUGCGUCUUCCUUGCCAACCACAUUGUCCCGGCGUUUGCCUUUUGCACAACCGGAAUGAUGGCGUCCUGGCUCGUCGACGCCAACGGCCUUGCGUUCGUCUCGCACACCGAGAGGUCGAUGAACCGCACCUUCACAGCCUACGACACCUGGCUCAACGACACGCGCACAGCGGUAUUGGACCCGACCGAGAAACCGCUGCUGAGCUACCUCGCGACGCUCGCGCUCGCAGCUACCGCCGCCGUGCUGCUCGGGCGCUACGCGUAUCGCUACAAACGCACGUUUGUGUUCUGCGCCAUGUACAUUGUCAUCCUCGGCGCGCUGCCCGUGUGUCUUCCCGGCCUCGUCCAGGACGACGCGCCGUUCGCCGCCAUGGCCGUCGGCCUCGCGCUGGCGGGCGCAGUUGCCUUUACAACCUCGAUGCGUCUCUCGCUCAUGGCUCUGUACGCGCCCGUGAUGUACAUGUUCUUUCGUUCGCUUAUCGGCAAGUACAUUGGAUGGCUUCAAGCGUCGUCGACGACAAUGCUCGCCAUGUCGCCCGUCGAUCUCGAUGUGUGCGUUCCGCUUGGCGCCUUUGCGCUCCUUAGCGCGGGCAUCUACAGCUACGACGGCCGAUACAGCCUCGAGCUUGAGCGCACCUUUCUCUUUGGGUGCCUCGUCGCCUCGGCGACCGCUGCGCCGCUCACGGGGUCAUUUUCCCUCUGGGCCAUAGCGCUCGCCUGUGUCGUGGCGGUCGUCGGAACAUAUCUGCGCCAAAUUGGCUGGGCCGUGCUCUGGUCUCUGCAAUUGUACCAGCUGCUGGACAUUGCGAUCCCGAGUGUCCCCGUGCUCUUGAUCUGCCGGGACGUUGCGUGUUUUGGCUUGAUUGUGCCCGUGUUACGCCUCGUCAUCACGACCAACGACGCGAUCCACGGCCUCCUCAGCUACGUCAUUACGUGCCUAGUGACGCCGGCGUGUGCGUGCUUCGUCAUCGACGCUCUUGUCGCGCUUACUGGCUGGAAGGCGCUCGAGGCGCUGAAGCUUUGGGUCGCUCUCGGCGCCUACUAUUACGUCAUCAUGCAGCCCGAUUUUGCGGCCCCGAAGAACCCAGAGCGUCGCGAGGACGACAGCGAUGCUAUUGACGCGCCCACCUCCGAUAGCAUCGUCUAGUUCAUCUCGCAUUAAGUUAUUCCUUUCGUGUCA